GUUGAUACUGAGAGAGAAAUUUUAGAAUAGCUUUUCUUUGUUAUUUUUCUUUGUUUCUAUUCUCCGUCGGUAGCACGUUUCUGUAUAAUAGAAUCAACACGCAUGCAGCAAAUCGGGGAAUAAUUGAACGCGAAGGACUAACGUUCGCAUGAUGUCGAACUCGGCGGUCAGCGUCAAGUUCCGUUGGGGUCUCUCGGCCUCGGACCCCGAGGACCAACCCGCCCUCAUAGUGGGUCAAGUGGCCCACCUCAAUGCUUUGACGUGGCACGAUGUGCGGUGCAAGCUUGAACCACGAGUUACUGAAGAGGCGUGGAAACGCGGUCUGACCUGCGUGACCUCGUCUCCGGGCGAGAGUGUGGAGCUGUGGCCGCGCGGCGCGAGUCUCGCGUCGUUGCCAGCUCGCCGCUCGCGGCACGCGGCGCCGUCGCGCUCCCACGCGCUCGCUAAGCUCGUGCGCUCGUGGCAUAGGACGCAAAGGGAGCACGAAUAUGUCGUGCUGAUCUGCCGCAAACGCGACGUCUACGCAAGUGCCAUGGCGAUCGCGCGCUGCUACCCGCAGUACAACGCUCGCUCCGGCCCCGGCCUGCUUGGAUCCGCCGCCGAGACGCCGCAAGCUAGGACUGUCUACGUGGAGAUACAGCUAGCUAGUGAGGACCAGAGAGAAGGCGAACUGGAAGACGAGGGCGUUGGCCCGCUAGAUCCCUCCCUGCUAGACAACACAUUGUCUAGUGAAGAGUUAGCGGCCAUCCAGGCGGCUGCGGACUCUACCCGUUUAGCUGCUAAGAUCGCGGACACACCGUGUAAUAUCAUGAAUGUGGACAAGUUCAUAGAGGAAGCCUGCCGCGUAGCCAAGGAGCUCGACCUUCCCGAGCCCACCAUCAUCCGCGGCGAAGAGCUGAAGGCUCGUGGCAUGGGCGGCAUCUACGGCGUCGGUCGCGCCGCCAACUGCCCUCCUGCUCUUGUGUCUCUGUCUUAUAAUGUCCCUGGAGUGGACAAGAGCGUGGCCUGGGUGGGAAAAGGCAUCGUUUAUGAUACUGGUGGCCUCAGCAUUAAGGCUAGGACCUCCAUGGUGGGCAUGAAAGGCGACUGCGCGGGUGCGGCCGCUGUGUUGGGAGCCUUCGCGGCCGCUGCGCGAGCCAAGCCCACCGUCAGCCUGCACGCUGUAUUAUGCCUCGCCGAGAACGCCGUCGGCCCCGACGCUACUAGACCUGAUGAUAUCCACCAGCUGUAUUCGGGCCGCACUGUGGAAAUCAACAAUACUGAUGCUGAAGGCCGCUUGGUAUUGAGCGACGGUGUGGUGUACGCGCACCGGGACUUGAAGGCCGAUACCAUCGUCGACGUGGCCACACUCACUGGUGCACAGGGUACAGCGACGGGCAAGUACCACGCGGCGAUCGUGUCCAACAACUCUACCAUAGAGCGGCGCUGCGUCACGGCUGGACUGAGAGCCGGCGACUUGGCGCACGCUCUACCCUUCGCGCCAGAGCUACACUUCACUGAGUUCAGCUCCUGUGUCGCUGAUAUGAAGAAUAGCGUCGCUGACCGCAGCAACGCGCAGCCGUCGUGCGCGGGGCUGUUCAUCCUGGCGCACCUCGGCUUCGACUUCCCCGGCACGUGGCUGCACGUCGACAUGGCGGCCCCGGCACACUCGGGCGAGCGUGCGACCGGGUAUGGCGUGGCGCUGCUCACCGUUCUGUUCGGCUCCCUCACGCAGAACAAGCUGCUGAAAGCGCUCAGCCCCCCGGAAUCCUGCUAGCACUCCGCGCGUGCCUAGCCAACACAUGCGCGGAUCCAGGGGGGGGUCAUGGGGGUCAUGACCUCCCCUCCCCCUGAAGCCUAGGUGGGCCAUACAAAUAGACCACUGGACCCCCCCCCCAU